AUGUCAACGUUGUCACCAGAAGAAGUAAGUUUUUAUGAUAGCUGUCAUGAAACCGAAGUCCAAGAAACUGCAGCAUUGAAAACAGCCCGAAAACGGAAAUUGAAACCUUCAAAGGCAGCAAAUCAAUCUAAAAGUCUUAAACAGGAUUUGAAGCAAAAGUGCAUUGCCGAAGAAUCGACGAUAAGCAAUAGUUCAUCGUUAUUUCAAUUUGAAAGUUGCAGAGAUAAACGAAGUUUUCCUUCUUCUCUUGGUAUUCCUCGAAAUAAUGAUCGGCCGGCUAAUGCGAAAUCAGUCUCCUAUAGAAGCAUGCUGCAACCUGUAUCUAUGGAGGUAGAAAUAUCGCAGAUUACACACAAUAAAACAGAUUCCAGCGUAACAGUACGUGAAACAGAUGUACCCAAGUUCGUGGGAUCUUCAACCUCUGACGACGAGGAUUGCAUUCCAGAAUCUCCAAAGCGACAAGAAAGGGCAGAUCUGCGCACUAUAUUUCCCCGAUGUUUUCAUUCAACUUAUGUACCAUUGGAACCUUCAGCGAGCAGCCAAAUAUAUGCUACCGCUUCGGAUACGGAAGAUUGA